CGAUCAACUCUCGUCUCGCGAGAAUACACUGCGCCCAAAGAAUUAUGGACGUCGGUGGGAACGGUGGUGGGCUUCCUGUAAACAAUAAACAGAGAGCUAUGCUACCUAAUAAAAGCAGGGGCGAAUUCACCCGCAACCCAAGAAAAGAUUCAGAGGGGCUGUCUGAGUCUCCAGACCUCGAGUUUGAAUAUGCUGAUACAGACAAGUGGGCUGCAGAGCUGUCAGAGCUGUACAGUUACACUGAAGGACCAGAGUUUGCUCUCAACAGGAAGUGCUUUGAGGUGGAAUUCAGAACACAUGUUUCUGAUAAGAAGUGGACAGAGCUUGAUGCAGCUCAACACAGAGCUCACGCCAUGCGCCUGUUGGAUGGCCUGGAGGUGAUUGCCCGGGAGAAGAGGCUGAAGGUUGCCAGGGCUAUUCUCUACAUGGCUCAGGGAACGUUUGCAGAGUGCAGCUCUGAGGCUGAGGUGCAGCAUUGGAUGAGAUACAACAUCUUUCUGCUGCUGGAUGUGGGGACCUUCUCUGCUCUGGUGGAGCUGCUCAACAUGGAGAUUGAUAACAGCGCUGCCUGUAGUAGUGCUGUCAGAAAACCAGCCAUCUCCCUUGCCGACAGCACGGAUCUCAGAGUGCUGCUUAACAUAAUGUACCUGAUGGUGGAAACGAUACAACAGGAUGACCCAGCUGACAAGCCUGAAUGGAAAAUCAUCAGGGAAACCUUCAGAGCAGAACUAGGAUCUCCUAUGUUCAACAACGAACCCAUUUCUGUCAUGCUCUUCGGUAUGGUUACCAAGUUCUGCAGUGGUCAUGCCCCUCACUUCCCAAUGAAGAAGGUGUUAUUGCUAUUGUGGAAGAGUGUACUGUUUACACUCGGAGGGUUUGAGCAGCUGCAAAGCAUAAAGGUUCAUAAGCGUGUGGAACUGGGUCUCCCCCCUCUACCGGAGGACAGCAUUCGAGUCAUUCGCAGUAUGAGGGCCGCUUCUCCUCCUGCGUCUGCAUCCGACCUCAUAGAGCAGCAACAAAAACGGGCCCGCCGUGAACACAAGGCAUUGAUAAAACAGGACAACCUUGACGCCUUCAAUGAAAAGGAUCCCUACAAGGCCGAUGACUCUCGUGAGGAUGAAGAUGACAACGAUGACAAUGACAACUCUAUAGAGGCAGAGACAUUCCCUCUAGAGAGGGACGAGGUAAUGCCUCCACCUAUUCCUCACCCUCCGUCAGAGAGAGUGUCCUUCCCCAAAGGACUGCCGUGGGCUCCUAAAGUCAGGGAAAAGGACAUUGAAAAUUUCCUGGAAUCAAGUAGAAGUAAAUUUAUUGGUUACACACUUGGGAAUGAUACAGACACAGUUGUUGGUUUGCCCAGGCCAAUUCAUGAGAGCAUAAAGACGUUAAAGCAGCACAAGUACGUCUCCAUUGCUGAGAUACAGAUUUCAAAGGAGGAGGAGUUUCAGAAAACCCCUCUGUCUGGGGGUGAGGAGGAGGUGGAUAUGUCCUCCACUGAGCUGCUCUAUCAGGGAAUUCUCCCCAGUUUACCUCAGUACAUGAUCGCUCUGCUGAAGAUCUUGCUCGCAGCAGCUCCGACUUCCAAAGCCAAGACGGACUCCAUCAACAUCCUGGCAGACGUGCUGCCGGAGGAGAUGCCGACCACAGUGCUGCAGAGCAUGAAACUUGGAGUUGAUGUGAAUCGACACAAAGAGAUCAUCGUGAAGGCUAUCUCUGCCAUCCUGCUGCUGCUUCUGAAACACUUCAAACUUAAUCACAUCUACCAGUUUGAGUACAUGGCUCAACACCUGGUGUUUGCCAACUGCAUCCCCCUCAUUCUGAAGUUCUUCAACCAGAACAUCAUGUCUUACAUCACAGCUAAAAACAGUAUUUCAGUACUUGACUUCCCUUAUUGUGUGGUGCAUGAGCUCCCGGAGUUAACUGCAGAGAGUUUGGAAGCGGGAGACAACAAUCAGUUUUGCUGGAGGAAUCUGUUUUCCUGUAUUAACUUGCUGAGGAUCCUCAACAAACUGACCAAGUGGAAGCACUCCAGAACAAUGAUGCUGGUGGUGUUUAAGUCCGCUCCCAUCCUGAAGAGGGCGCUGAAAGUCAAGCAGGCCAUGAUGCAGCUGUAUGUCCUCAAGCUGCUCAAAGUGCAGACCAAAUACCUGGGACGCCAGUGGAGGAAGAGCAACAUGAAGACCAUGUCGGCCAUUUACCAGAAGGUCCGACAUCGUCUCAACGACGACUGGGCGUACGGGAACGAUCUGGAUGCUCGUCCCUGGGACUUCCAGGCCGAGGAGUGUGCUCUGCGGGCCAACAUCGAACGCUUCAACAGCCGCCGCUACGACAAGAGCCACAGCAACCCGGACUUCCUGCCUGUGGACAACUGCCUGCAGAGCGUUCUGGGACAGCGGGUGGACCUGCCCGAGGACUUCCAAAUGAACUACGACCUGUGGCUGGAGCGGGAGGUCUUCUCCAAACCUAUUUCCUGGGAGGAACUGCUACAGUGAGACUCAACAACACCGUCAACAUCCUCACACAAGAAAUAAAACCGUUUCAAUCAGGAGUUCUGACAAACCACCAACAGUGCUCUCACUGAUCGAUCUCAGAUCACAGCAUUAUGUUACAUGUUCUGUACAGACUGAAGGUGACGGACGGACUUUCAUUCUCAAAAGUCACCCAGGUGUAAACUUCGAAUCAUCGCACCAAUCGAAUGCUUUGCGUGAUGAACUAUCGAGACUCUUUCCCACACUAACGUCACCCACAGUUUUUUUAAUAAAAUAGCUGAAAAUGAAUCCAGUGCUAAGUCUUGCUCCAUAUAUGGACCCAGCCCCUACCUUACAUAUACAGGUGUUUGCUUUGUGUGCCUCUUACCUGCUACAAAAGGUCAGUAAGUUUGACCUCGAAGCACUACAUGACAGUACGUUCACUCGUAAUUUUAAAGACAUUUACUUGGAAUCAUUUAUUUUUUAUUUUUUUGCAUUAACUGUUAAGACUCAAACAGAAGUGUGUGCACUUUGUUGAGGCAGGGCUCAGCACAUUUAAGAUGUUAAUAAAUCUACAUUUUCCUGAUGCAUCUCAUGAGUUUACCUUCUUCAGAGAGGUGAAAAGGAAUAUUUAUGUACAAAUACAAACAUGUUACUAAUAGCUAUUUCCUGACAGGGAUACACUUCUUGUUUACCUGACUCACCCUUCGUUGUUCUGCUGCAUUUGCAUAUGAUUUGACUUUUAUUUUGAAUUUCUUGCCUGAGUGCUGCCUACGCACCUUUGCUCUGGGACCAUGGAGGCGACCGUUUAGACCUUACCUGACCACCAGGCUGAAUGGACAAGACAACACAACCUUGUUUUGUUUUUUUAACUUCAUUAGUAUCUUCAUUUGCUUUGUUGUGUGGAAAAAAUGGUUUCACAUGUUCACAUGAUAUGACUGUGUGAAAGAAAUAUUUCUGGUUUUUAGAGCUGCGGUUUCUGAGCUUCACUCAUCAAGCUGUUUAAAACUGAAUGGGAUAAAUCAAUUUAAUUGCCAGUGAAAGAACCAUUUUCCUCUUGUCUUUUUUCUACUUUUCAGCUUUGUUUUAUUAUAAAGGUUAAGGAAAUGAGAAUACAUGUAAAUUGUGAAACUUAUUUAUCAUGGCUUUGUCUUUGUUUUACAUUGACUCAAAUACUGUAAUAAAAUGAUACUGUCAUUCA